UGUAAUACGAAAGUUUUGUUUUGUAAUAAUAGCAUGGUUAGAGCACUCUAAAAACACUAACAAUGUUCAUCUUUAAUUUAUUUAAUUUUUUCUUAUGAUUUAAAAUUAGUAAACUAAUAACUUCAAUAUAUUCAUUGAAAAUUUUACAUUAAUUUCGAAUAAUUCAUGAAAAAAAAUGAUGCGAAAAAGAACCUUGAUGAGUGAUAUAUGUGAUAAUAAACGCAGAAGACUUAAUUAUGGAGAAAAUGGAACAAGUGAUGAACCUGUGCCAACUGAUACAAAGAGUGCAUUAGCACACAUUGCAUCAAUAUUUCCAACGGAAAAGUUCACCAAUAGACUUCCUGCAAUUGUUAUGAGGCAUCAAAUAUAUGCAUUUAUAAAAUGUCGAACUGAUGUAGAUAAGGAAUUGAAUGAAUUAAGGAAGAAAGGUGAAGUAAGGUUAUUUAAACUCGGUGAAAAAGAUGAUCAGAUAGGUGUAGUAUAUUCUAAAGACUACAAAGAUUAUGUAGAUAGAGUCUGUCGGAAUAGUCUCAAAGUUGAUAACUUUCUUAGAAAUGUAUUAGCUGUGUGUCCUGACAUAAGUUAUAGUAACUCAGUUUUAAAGCAAGAAUUUGGUCUUCAUGAAGACGAUAUAAUUGAAUUAAUUCAACAAGGUGUGCUAACCUGUCGAGAUGUAGGCUGCUAUUGGCUGUCUAUUCCAAGGGUCGGAGAGUUCAUGAAAACCUUUUUGUAUGGGCGCAGAGCCAUAUUGCAACAUGUUAGGCGAACAAAGUACAAAGAAAUUUUACAGAAUGAAUUAGAACAAAGGAAGCUGCCAAAAAAAGCUUUGCUAGGAGUUUUAUAUCAUAUUUAUGACAUAAUAGGAUCUGAUGCUGUUACACCUGUUGAAACAUCGUCUGGUAUUGUCCUACGUCUCCAACCCGAGCUAAUAAGAUAAUAUUUAAUCUUAUUUAUAAAAUAUUUAUGCAUUGUACUGAUAUAUUUAUGAAAUUUAUUCUAAAAACUUAUUUAUUACUCUUGACUGUAUGAUAAAGAAUUGUAGUACUUGAAAUAUAUUGAAUUUGUUGACUGUAUUGCAUGGUCAAAAUUUGCUCGCCUUAGUAUGUUUUGCCUUAAUGUGGUGAAGACUACAUGCAUUUUUUUUUCUAUUUACUUAUAUUUUUGUGAAUCUUAUACAACUUACCUUAGUCAAGUAGUUAUAAAAUGAUCAUAUUUAUAAAUAUAAAGAAAAUUGCAUUCUUUACUUUGUAUAGAUGGCUGUACUACUACAAGUUAUGCCAGUUUUUUUGUUUUCCUUGUAUACUUA